UGGGCCGCUUCUAUUCUGAAAGGAGCAGGAAGGAGAAAUUUUGUAGCUUUGUGGUUGUUCUGAAGGGCUAGCUGUGGUAUCGCUAGGAAAUCGUGAUCUUUUUUUCAGGCAGCUAACAGCAACCUGAGGAACUGCAAGUACCAGAAAUUCAGUCCAGUGGAGUUCAUGCUGACUGCAGACCUAGAAUCCAGGGGUCGCUCAUUAAAUGAGAAAAUGUGAAUGUUUCCAGAUUAUGCAGUGGGUUUCCUGGUUUGGCCCACUUGAAAUCAAAUUACAUAAUGGCACAGAAACACGCCAAGCCCAACUUAAGCCAUUCCCAGGCAUCUGAGAUCGUGAAGAGGCUCUACAGGCUGACUGCAUCAGCCAUUCAGUCGCUGCCCAGUUAUGAUGACCAGAACUUCUAUGUGGCACCCAUUGAGGGGGGCGAGUAUAUCCUAAAGAUAAUGAACUCAGAGGACAGCAAGAAUGUCUUCCUGAUUGAGGUGCAGACAUAUGCCAUGUCCUUCCUCCAGCAGAAUGGAAUUCCUGCUCAAACAGCUCUGCCCACCGCCUCAGGAGAGCUAAUGAGUCUGGAAGAAAUAGAUUGUGGUUAUGGCAAUCAGAAGUACCUGGUGAGACUGUUGACUUAUCUGCCUGGGACAACCAUCUCCAAGGUUCCAGUAACGCCCCAGCUGCUGUAUGAAACAGGAAAAACAGCAGCUAGAAUGGACACAAUCCUCCAAAAGAUGGAACACCCUCAUCUUAACAUUCUGAAAAGGGAGAAGUUUGUAUGGAGUCUGUCAAAUGUUGUCCUCCUGGAAGAUUACCUCUACGUGUUAGAUGGAGAUCCUCUACUGGAGGUUGUGAAGUCUGUAAUCAAGGCGUACAAGGUCUUCGUGGAUCCCAAGCGCUCUAGUUUUCGCAAGUGCAUUAACCAUGGAGACUUCAAUGACCUCAAUAUCCUCGUGCAGCCUGAUGAGAAAGAAGGCUACAGGAUAACUGGAAUUCUGGACUUUGGAGACAUGAAUUGUGGCUACUACGUCCAUGAGCUCGCAAUCACUAUCAUGUACAUGAUGACUGAGCACCCUAAACCCAUUGAGGUGGGUGGACCCAUCCUUGCUGGCUGGGAAAGUGUCCUUCCUCUCAAUGAGGCGGAGAAAGAUUGUCUGUAUUUGCUGGUGUUGUCCCGCUAUUGCCAGUCCUUGGUUUUAGCUCGUUACUCUGUGACCUUGCAUCCAGAAAACACAGAGUAUCUAAUGAUCUCAACCAGGAAGGGUGUUAAGAUUCUCCAGCAACUCUGGGAGUUAGGAAAGGAGCAGGUCGAGAAGGUUUGGCUGCAGACUGCCGCUCAGUUCAGUGACAGCAAGUGAGAAACAGUGUAGUGAAUCCACUUGGCCAUAAUUUGUUCUAAUUUAAUUUGAUUUUAAGAUCACUAGUUAAAAAUGUAGACUGUGUUUCCAAAGUUAAAGCAAUACACAUUUUAACCUUCCGAUUCAGACACAAAGAAUGAGGAAUACUGAAGUGUCCUAAUUAAGCUGGAAAAGUGCACAAAGUGUAUGCAAGAAAAAAAAUGUUGAUACUGUAUAAGAACUCUGAAGGAAGUACUGUAAAAGCAAAGAUAGUUAUUAGCAAACACAUAGAAAGGAAAUCGAAAGUGUUUACAAAUUCCGCAGUGCAGUGCUUCACAUUUUAUAGAUGCAGAAGUAAACAGUGAAGUGCCACAGAGCUACUUGAAAAUGAAAAGUUCCUGAAUUCUCAUUGUACGCUUUACAAUAAAUGUCAGAGUGGUUCUAUGAUCAGAUAUGCGAAUAUGUAAAUACAUUCCUCUACACAUUGACAAAUCUCUGGAUACAUUUCCAGAUUUGUUCACACAUUUACAAAUCUAAUUACAGACACACACAGAUCUGAAUAAGCCCAUGCCAAUCACACAAAUCCAAAAAUGCAACGCACACAUUGAGAUACACGCACAAAUAAUUUUGCAGCAAUAAUAGCCCCAUUCUAUGCAGUCCUGAGAAAAACUAAGUACACCCUUUCUGCUUCUCUAGCAAUUAAGAUGGAAAAUGCACCUUAAGGGAGCUGUGCAUAAAUAAAGGCCUGAAAACUUUAAUGAGCUGAAGCAACGCUGUAAAGAAGAGUGGGGCAAAACUCCUGCACAGCGAUGUGAGAGACUGAUAGUCAUACAGAGAACAAUUACUUCGAGUUAUUGCUGCUAAAGGUGGUUCUAUAAACUGUUGAAGCGUGGGAUAGUGCUUCACAGGAACGCAGAGAGUCCCGUGGAAGCUUUUUUUUUUUGACUGUAGUAAUCAUUAAGUGUAAUUACAAAAACGAUUAAUGUGAGCCUGCGAGCUACUUCAUGCAGGCAACUCUGGCUGCACACUAAUGUAAUACACACUAACAUGCCGCGUUCUCCUCACGUAAUUUACCAAACACACUCUCGAUCUGUUGGCUUACUGAAGCUGCAGAAUUUCUCAUCUCUCUCUCUCUGAUAUGCUACUGCUGCCAGUUAGUGCAGGAGUAAUGGCACCUGGGCUUAAGCAGCAGCUCAGUAAGCUCCACUGUCUACUCUGCAGCAGAUGUUUCAUGCCAAAGAAGUGUCACCCAGAUUUUCAAGCAAUGGGGCAAAUUUCACAUCCAAGGUGUACAUUAACUUGUGUGCUCACUUACUCAGUUAUUCAUUUUGCUAUGCUAAUACAAUCAGUGCCUCUCACUGACACCCUUAGAAUCAGAUUAUAAUUUUUUUUGUACAAUAACUUUAGAAUAUUUAAUGAAGCCACACAAUUUUUCAGAUUUGUUCAAUUUUGUAUGGAAUAGCCCUUUAAUAUUCCCUCUCCAGUGAUUGUGUGUGUGAGAGAUUCAACUUUUCAAAUUAUGUUUGGUGUUUUAACUGGAACCAAGUGUUAAUAAAUAUACACUUUUCACUUUUUCUACUUUUCUACUGUUUCCAUUACCUCCUUGUUUUACACGGUUUUCUGCUUGAGAAUGUGUUGCAGCUGAUCUAAGUCCAGUCAAAUGAUUCUGUAAAAGAUCUGCUUCCAUGUAACAAGAAACAGGUUCAAAGUGCAACCAGUCAUUUACUGAAAAAAAUUCUGUUCUAUUCUAGUAGGCUGUCUGCAGAGUCCUUUUUUUUUUUACUGUCUGUUAUCUGGUAAAUGAUUGACUUGGACUGGAUUGUAAAAUAUGUCUCUGAAAUUGCUGUAAUUUUGAAAGACAA